AAUUCAUUCUAUAACACUAACCUUAUUGUUAAGAGCAUUAUAUGUUUCGUGUGGCUAACCAGAAUCACAAGACAAAAAAACACAGUCAUCGUGUUUUUCUCUCAUAUUUAUUAAUCGGCCACUUCUUUUAUAGCAUCUAUCAAUGACGAAUCAAAUUCGCACAAAUCAUACUAAAAAUAUUUAAUACCAUAUAUAAAAUGUUAGCCAUAACAGAAAACGGUUACAAAACAACCUGCGCUCACCAUUUCCUUCAAACUCAUAAGUGAAUCUAAAAUUUGCCGCCUAAUUUAACUUUCCCCGCCGUAAAUGACCACCGCGAAAUCACUUCCACCGCCAUGUUGCACCGGGAUGUUCCGCAACUUCGAAUGCCGACGAUUAACGACGUCACACUCGUCGCCCCCGGAGAAGCUAGGGUUUUCUAUGCUCUGCAGAAUCAAUGCCGCUAGGUCGUGCCACAGUCGCAGAAACCUGAUACUCCUCUACGACCGUUCGAGAUCGAAUUUUCUGAAACCGAUUAAGGCUAAGAAGGAUUCUGAAUCGUCUUGUACGGAUAACGGUGCUGCGUUUUCUGGUAUUCAACUCCGCCAGAUGUCAAACGUUGGGAACUCAACAAACAUUUUGUGGCAUGAAUGUCCUAUUCAAAAACGCGAUAGACAGCAGCUUCUUCAGCAAAAAGGCUGUGUUAUAUGGCUAACUGGCCUCAGUGGUUCAGGAAAAAGCACUCUUGCAUGUGCUUUGAGUCAAAGCUUGCACUCCAGAGGAAAACUAUCUUACAUCCUUGAUGGCGACAAUAUUCGGCAUGGUCUAAACCGUGAUCUUAGUUUUAGAGCAGAAGAUCGUUCAGAAAACAUAAGAAGGAUUGGUGAGGUGGCAAAACUUUUUGCAGAUGCUGGUGUUAUUUGCAUCACUAGUUUGAUAUCACCCUAUCAAAAGGAUAGAGAUGCUUGCAGGGCUCUACUGCCAGAAGGGGAUUUCAUUGAGGUUUUCAUAGACGUGCCUCUACAUGUGUGUGAAGCUAGGGACCCAAAGGGACUCUACAAGCUUGCUCGAGCAGGAAAGAUCAAAGGUUUCACUGGUAUAGAUGAUCCAUAUGAACCACCUUGUGGCUGUGAGACUACCUUUAUCUUGCAGAUAGUAUUACAACAGAAAGGAGGUGACUGUAAGUCUCCUAAAGAUAUGGCAGAAUUAGUGGUAUCCUAUUUGGAGAAGAUUGGACACCUACAGGCCUGACUUGGCUUUAGAGGCCUUUCUUUUUUGUUUACUUUAAUGGGGUUUUAAUUUUAAAGGGGUCUUUCUUGUAGCCUGUAGUUAUAUUGUGUGUAUUAGAUUUUGGAACAUAAAAAAUUGCUCCUUCCAGCUGCAAGGAAAUCAUCGUUUCCUGCACAUAGAUCUGCUUCAGGACUAAAUCAAUAAAGUGGAGCCAUGAGGAAGGAGUUAGGAGUUGGUGCUGAUUGGUACAAGCACGUAGAGAGAAAUGAUUUAGUGUAUGUGAUUUGUAUGUUUAGACAAUAUUGGUUGUUUUGUAAUGUAUAGUGCCCUGUAAUAGCAAAUAGGGAGUUCUUAUCCUUAAUGUUUCUCCGUGGUAAUGUAAAUGGAUUUAGAUUAUAUUGAGAGAUACAUGAUAUGACCCAAUAAAUUAUUAUUGAAAAUCAA